CCCUAUAAAAGCUCCAGCUUCUUUGCCCCGCGACAUCUGCCUGGAAAUUGAUCCAAUAGAGAGGGAGACCCCUGAUCUUCACCGCCUUCGGUCUCAAUUUAUCAGGGCCAUGGUUGGCAGGCGAGGCAGGACCCACUCCGUAUCCAACGCCCGGUUUGUGCUCGGCAGCUAAAGUAACCCGUCAAGUUUUGCUGUCGCAUCGUUGCCGUUUUCGAUUUCCUGCAACUCUCAUUACCAUUUGUCUGCCUCUCCAGCUCCUCGUCAAGCUGGGCUCCCGUUCCUUACUGCCUGCCUUAGUUACUUGUCCAUGAUCGCCUCGAAAUCCGGCCCAGAAACUGCCUCGAUUGGCCCUUGAUUGCACGACACACCCGACACGCCUGCUGUCCUCCUUUGCUCGCCCAACGCGCUGCAACCUCUGCAACCUCCCACCACGAUCAGGCGAGCCCAAUUAGCAGUCUCGGGGCUCUUUAACUGACCAUGAACUCGGUCAGCAAUGAUGCAAAUCAAAUGAAUGCGACACCCCAGGGCCCGGCCCGAGCCUCUGUCAGGAAGCCCGUAAGGCGCGAGCAUUCUGGGAAGAAGGAAACCAUGAACGGCCCGCUCUACAUGCAAGCAUCCAACAAUGUGGUACUUGUUCGCCGCCUCAAGAAGAAAGGCCAAGGGCCCAUGAAGCAGCUUUCUCGCUGGUUUGUCGAGAAUCAGAUUGGGUUAUCAUUCAACUUGCUCACCCUUCUCCUCCUCGUACACGGCUGCAUGCCCAAGGCUCGCCCUUAUACGACCAAGUUUUACAGCCUCGCAUACCGAAACCCAUCGACGGGAAAUUAUCGUCUUGGCAGUGAUGAUGCCUAUAUCAUUAUGUUCUGCAUCAUCUUGCUCACUGGCUUGCGGGCAGCCACCAUGGAGUACAUCUUGGCUCCCUUUGCUAAGCACCAGGGCAUCUCUAAGCGAAAAGACAUCACUCGUUUCAGCGAACAAGCCUGGCUCCUCAUCUACUACAGCGUCUUCUGGAGUCUAGGAAUGUACAUCUACUCCACGUCGCCCUACUUCAUGAACCUCGAGAAUCUGUGGACUGAUUGGCCGAACCGAGAACUCACGGGCAUCAUGAAAGGCUACAUGCUGGCCCAGCUGUCGUUUUGGAUCCAGCAGGUCAUCGUCAUCAAUAUUGAGGAGCGCCGCAAGGAUCAUUUGCAAAUGCUCACCCACCAUGUGGUCACAAUCUCGCUGAUAUACACCUCAUACCGAUAUCAUCACACGCGGGUGGGCAACUUGAUCCUGGUACUCAUGGACGUUGUUGACAUCUUCCUUCCGACCGCCAAGUGCCUCAAGUAUCUUGGGUACAAGACUCUAUGCGACUACGCUUUUGGCGUCUUUAUGGUCUCCUGGUUCAUCGCGCGUCACGUUCUAUAUUUGACCGUGUGCUACUCUGUCUAUGCCCACUCUCAUCCUAUCAUCCCUGAUGGCUGCUUCAAGGGCCCUAAUGCCAACUUGACCGGACCAUUCGACGCGCCGGUCAACCGGGGCCCCAUCUAUAUGCUCGAGCCCCUGUGGGAAACAGAUGGUGUUGUGUGCUACGACAAGCCAGUCAAGUGGUGGUUCCUCUCCAUGCUCCUGUUCCUGCAGGUGGUGACGCUUGUGUGGUUCACCAUGAUUGUCCGAGUCGCCAUCAAUGUCCUAAAGGGCUCCGGCGCAGAUGAUUCUCGGAGCGAUGACGAAGGCGAUGGCUUGGAGGAUGACGAAGAAGACGAAUUCGUCUAUGAGGAGGCCCAGCCGCUGGAGGAGGAAGUCGGGGCCGAUGAGCUCGACUUGGCGAGUUGGGAGAGGAGAACCGGUGCCAAGAGGCAGGCCUCGGCUGCCACUGGCGUCAGUCUCCCUAGUCACAGCGACAGGAAGGAGUUGCUCGGGCGCAUCGGAUGCGAGAAGCAAGUCGACUGAGUUGAGCCAACUCCAGGGUGGGUCUGCAUCCCACAUUCUGGGAACCAGACACUCACUCUCUGGCUCAUUACGUGGAUCUGGGGAUGGUGAGGCCAAAAUGCCAGGCAAUGGCUAUUGCGCUGAGCAUGCUGGCUGCCCAGUCUCGACUGUGGGAAGGAGAUUACAUGGCGUUUCGGGGUGUUCCUUGAAAACUGCGGCUACACACACACACGCCCGCCUGGAGAGAGAGCUCCCAGCUCUGUAACUAUUUACGGUUUGGCUAGCUUUAUUCCGACUCGGGGCAUCAUGAUCAUGGUUUCCUUUGGGAUCCUGACGUAGGCUGAUGACCAGUGUUUCAUUGCUUGUCAACCUAAUCUACAUUGGCCGUCUUUUAUUAUAUAGAUCGGAAUCAGUACAUACCCCAAUGAUUUGAGCUUACUCUUGUACCUAAUAAUAUGAUGCUACUCAGUCCUGCCG